AUGCCUUCGAAGCCAGAAGACAAGGCCAUGCAUCAGCUGCAGUCUCAACAAUCUGAGUUGCUUGACAAGAUUGAUGAGCUACGUGGUAUCGGAGUUGGCGGUCUUGUCGAGCUUCCUCAACUCAUCGUUUGUGGUAGUCAGUCCAGUGGCAAGAGCUCAGUGCUUGAAGCCAUCUCCAGAGUACGCUUUCCGACAAAAAGCACUCUCUGCACGCGAUUUGCGACUGAGGUCAUCCUCCGUCGGAAGCCGCAGACAAGAGUGAAAGUUUCGAUCGAGCCUGGAGACUCGAGAACGAAUGAGCAGGAAAGACAGAGACUUCGAGACUUCACUUCGGAGGCCUUCUCGAGUGACAACAAUCUCCAGGACCUGAUCGAUCAAGCCAGAGCUUGCAUGGGAAUCAGUGAUAACGUUGCCCAAGAUGCCGGAUUCUGCGACGACGUUCUCAAGAUUGAAAUUUCUGGACCAGAUAAGCCGGAGCUUACCCUUGUGGAUCUGCCCGGUCUGUAUAAUACUCCGAGUGAGGAACAGAGCAUAGAGGGAAUUCAAAUUGUUCGACAAUUGACGGAAAGAUACAUGGCCAAAGACCGCAGUAUUAUCCUUGCUGUCAUUAGUGCAAAGGUGGACUAUCACAUACAAGAAGUCCUGAAUAUAGCAAAGGGUUAUGAUCCGGAGUAUGAAAGGGUUCUUGCCAUCGUCACUCAAACCGAUAAACUUGACGAGGGUUCGGAUGAGGAAGAGCGAUGGCUACACUACAUCAGAAACGAAGGCAUAAAGCUGAAGCUGGGAUGGCACGCUCUACGCAACCGCUCACAUAAGACACGCAACGUCUCUGAUGCUGAGCGUGAUGAGGAAGAGAGAAACCACUUUGCGAAGGGGCGAUGGGCCUCCCUUCCACGGGCACACGUCGGAAUUGACCGUCUCCGACAUCGCCUGAGUACCAUUUUACUCAAACAUGUCGCUGGCAGCCUGCCUACGUUGAUCAAGGAUAUUGAACAAAAAAUUAAUGAUCGGAAACAAAGCCUGGAUAAGCUUGGAACGGCACGCCCAACCACCAGGGAUCAGCGAGGCUUUUUACUCAAUAUUAGCUCCAAAUUCCAGCGAAUUACCGCCGAAGCUUUAAAUGGCAUAGGCUCCAAGGAUUUCUUUGGUGGGCUGAGCGAUGAGACCCCGGAAAGCGGAGAUCCUCGUCGACUACGCGCCGUCAUCCGCGAACUGAAUGAAUAUUUCGCAGAUGCCAUGUCGACACGCGGUUUCCGCCGAGAUCUCGCACAAAAUGUCUCGGAGCCCCUCUCGGACUCGACAAACCCGAAGUUCCAAUCCUACUUAAGCCAGUGGGUGCCGGAAAAGGUCACUGCAGACGAUCUGAUGAAGCACUUGAUGAGACAAGCGGCAAAUAAUCGUGGCAUUGAAUUUCCAGGAAAUCCCAACCAGCUGCUCGUUGGAGAGCUAUUCCGAGAUCAGGUAGUGCCGUGGAAACAUAUCGCCCAGCAUCAUCUGAACCAAGCCUGGCAGUCAGUCGACGACUUUGUCCAACUGGCCUUUGGGUAUCUUACCGAUGAUAGUACCAAGAAUGCACUAUUGGUCGGGAUUAUCCAUCCAGAAUUGGAGAAACUUAGAGAUUCAUUGAACAAAAAGCUUGAUGAAUUGCUCUCUUAUACGACAACUGGCCAUCCUCUGCCCGUGGGGAGAGCAUUUCUUGAAAGAGUUCAGCAGCGUCGGGCUGAAAACCAACUGGAGAACUUACAAAGAAAUCUGGUCAUGGAAAACACUAUCUUCGAGAACUCGAGUGACUGGGACCAAGCAAAAUUUACUUUUCAGGACUUGGAAAGGGCUGCCAACCAAAUUCAGACGUCGCACGGUCAAUUUGCAGUUACUGACAUAGUCAUUCAGAUGCAGGCAUACUACGAAAUUGCCAUUGUGAUCUUCAUCGACAAUGUUGCAAUUCUUGCAAUCGAGAAUUGUCUACUUCGUCCCCUGGAACACAUCUUUUCCAACCAAGUCAUCAACGACAUGGAUGACAAAGAGAUCGAAAAGCUUGCCGGAGAAUCCCAGGAAGUUCGAGAAGAGCGCGACCGAUUGAGCGGAGAAUUGAAGAAGCUAGAAGCUGGCAUGCGAACACUCGGUACUUUUGCUUUGGGCCGGGCAUCUGUUGUUGACUCUCAUUUGACUUCUCCAUCGAGAAGCCCAACUCCCUCCCGCAGAGCGAGCAGCGCUCACCAAAGGGGCAAUUCCCCCAGCAUCCAAAUUAACGGAUAUUCAUAUAGAACGAGCCACUCAGAACAGAUUGAAGUUGGAGAGGGCUAUUGA